CAGUGUAGUCAGCGUCUUCGUUUCAAAAAUCAAAAUAAACCGGAAAGAAGCAAAACAAUAAUUUGGUGCAAGCUUUGGUGGCUCAAUUUUGGAGAUUUUCUGAUAAUCUAAAUUAUGAAGUGUGUCAUUCCAAACUGUGGAGCAGACUUCCACAAACAAAGUGAAUGGUUCUCCAAACACUACUUUCCGUUGGAUGCUACUCGUCGUGAACUGUGGAUCAAGGCAAUAGUGGAUGCACACUGCGGGCGGAGCAAACAAGAUCUCAGCACGGUCAAUUUUGAAAAGGCGCGCAUCUGUUCUGAUCAUUUUGCUUCAAAUUGUUUCACUAUGUCUGAGAAUCGCCGAAGGCUAAAGUUAGAUGCGAUUCCGACCAUAUUUCCGUUUGGGUCCGAGGAUCCGGUUGUAAAUCAAAAUCGGGAUAGAGAAAAACUCGCAAUGAAGAUCAAACGCUACAAGCACUGUGUCGUACGUGGGUGCGAACAAAGUAUCGCCAAUUUCACCGGUAUCACAACCCAUCUGUUCCCAUUGGAAAUGCAAGAAUGCAAACAGUGGGUCAACUUCUCCAAGAACUCGUACGCCUCCCGCCACUUCGUUAUGCAUGGACCGGCCGGUAUGCGAAAGUGGCGCAUGUGUUCUCGCCACUUCGAACCGUCGCUCUACAAGAACAUUCCGAACCAGGCACGCACUUUGAAGCCAGGAUCCUUACCGACGCUGCAUCCGGCCGACUCGUCUGCGACGGAAUCAGAUUACGAGGGAGGCGUUUCUGAACGGCCGCGGUUGACGUCCGGAUUGGAUGCUGAUGGAGCGAAAUUGAACAGUGUGCCAAUACCGCCGCCAUCGUUGAAGGGGAAAAUACGUCCAACGGUUCGCUAUCGUCCUCCGUUGGGCUACCGACCAACGUGCACUUGUUCCUGCUGUCUGACAAGACGGCCGACAUCGUUCGAUCAAGGGCACCAAACCGACGAUACCGAGCCGCUACCGGAACCGGCCCGAAUUCCGCUGAAAUCCAUCGAUUCGUGCCGUUUGUGCUUCACCACGCAGCAUCUACAACCGCUGUACUCCGGGCUGAUCGUGGUCCGGGAUGAGUUGCUAAACCGGAUAUACGCUUGCACGGGAAUUUUAAUCGUACCAAAACCGAAAGAGUCAACGUCCAUCUGUGUCCAGUGCGCGGAGAUGAUUAAUACGUUCUACGCCUUUCGGCAGCAAACUCGCAGCAAUAAUCAAGCAUUGAUGUUGAAAAACGAACGCAAGUUAGGGGACGAGAAUUUUCCCAACGAUUCGCCCUCGUUCAAAGUGUACAAGCAAAAGAGAAAACGAAAGAUUACCAAUCCUCCUCCUGCACCUCCGGUAAAGGUCAAAAGGGAGGCGCCCAAACCUCUGCGGGUCGAAUUCAUUUCAAAGAAAAAGCUUCCAAUAUCAGUCCCGUCAAAUGAACCGAAUCCGCUCGAGUUGCAUAUCAAGGAAGAACCGGACGAUCCUCUUGAAAUGGUCGAGCUUUCAUUGCAAACCGAACAACGUGAUUUCUCAGAAACGAUUCAACUUGACAUGUCGGUUGACCAUGGUGAAGAUCCGCACGAGUCGGAGAGUCGCGUGGACCAGACAGAGUCAGACAGUUGGAAAUGCUGGCAUUGCCAGGAAGUGUACCGAUUUCAAUUCGAAUGUGCCAAACAUGUACUGCAGGAACACCGGGAGGAAGUUGAUGUGAUUCGAAAGCAUCUGCAGCUCGACGAACUGAAUUGCAACAUGCUCGAGAUGAUGAGUGUUCGUUUGCGGAAGGAAUAAAAUCAUAAAUUUUA